AAGAGAGGGAGAGGGAGAGGGAGAGAAAGAAGAGAGUUCAUUCCUCCUUUCUGCUUCGUCGUCCUUUAAGCUCGUAGUUGGGGGCAAUUCCCCACUUUCUCUUCUCGCGCUCUUCCUCAUUGAGCGAGAAAGAGAACCCGCCAAACACAGCCCAAAUUACCCAAAAACCAAUUCUUGAAUUCCAUUCCCAAACCUCACACAUACCCAUCACCAUCAUCAUCAUCACCAUCAUCAACCUCUCCCACAUUUCUCUGCAAACCCUAGCCUUCCACUCAUCAUCGCGCAAUUCCAUCCGGCAAUCGCUGCUCUCCGGCCCUCCCAAGAUUCCGUCUUGGCAGCGCCGCCGGCGCGAUUUCGUCCGGUCCGCGUUUCUCCGAUGCCGUCUCUCCCCUGAAGCCCCAUCACCACUGCGCUUUCGAAGGGUUUGGGCGUUUAGGCAAAUGGAAGCGCCAGGUGGCAAUCAUCUGGACUCGUACAGAGCUCCGGUUUCGAGCAAUAGUAGCUCUAGAAGAUAUGGAAUGCUAUCUGCUUCCAAUUUUAUUCAGGCACCACUGUCUGCCUUGUUGGAGUACUCGGGCCUUCUGCGCGGCCGGUCCAGUCACCAAGAAGCCGAGUCUUUGAUUGGGGGACGUAGCGCUGCCGCGUUCAGGGAGCACCAUCACGGUCAGGUGGAUCAAUCGAGCAAUGAUGGGGAGGUUUCGAUUAGGAUAAUUGGUGCAGGGGAGCAAGAGCAUGAUAGGGAAGGGGGUGGUUUAGUAGUUGGACAGUUGAGGGAGAGUAGUCUUCUGCAAAAUGAUGUUUCCGGACAGCCAAUAGCUAGGGUGGGCUCUGUUACAGUGGUAUCGGAGGAGGGUCAGGGAGAUGGUAGGACGGAUGUUGGUUCUGGAGACGGCAUGUCACAAUCGAUGAAUGGAAGUGCUGAUGGAGAAGCUGGUGAUGGUGCUGGGGCUAAUGGCAGGGAUUCUUCGUACCAGAGAUAUGAUAUUCAGCAGGCAGCUAGGUGGAUUGAGCAGGUCCUGCCCUUUUCCUUGCUUCUAUUGGUGGUCUUCAUUCGCCAGCAUUUGCAAGGUUUCUUUGUUACUAUCUGGAUUGCUGCUGUUAUGUUUAAGUCGAAUGAUAUCCUAAGGAAACAGACAGCUCUGAAGGGAGAGAGGAAAAUCUCUGUUCUAGUAGGCAUCUCUAUUGCAUUCGCAGUUCAUGUGAUUGGUGUUUACUGGUGGUAUCAGAAUGAUGAUCUUCUGUACCCAUUAGUUAUGCUUCCUCCCAAAGUUAUACCACCUUUCUGGCAUGCUGUUUUUAUCAUCAUGGUUAAUGAUACCUUGGUCCGGCAGGCAGCAAUGGUGAUCAAGUGUAUUCUAUUAAUGUACUACAAGAACAGCAGAGGACGUAACUAUCGUAAGCAGGGUCAAAUGCUUACAUUGGUUGAGUAUCUACUUCUGUUGUACCGGGCCUUGUUACCAACACCAGUGUGGUAUCGUUUCUUCUUGAACAAAGAAUAUGGUAGUCUCUUUUCUUCACUAAUGACAGGGUUAUAUUUGACCUUCAAGCUUACGUCUGUUGUUGAGAAGGUACAAUCUUUCUUUGCUGCAUUGAAGGCCUUGUCUCGUAAAGAGGUUCACUAUGGGGCGUAUGCAACAUCAGAGCAGGUCAGUGCAGCUGGCGAUCUAUGUGCCAUCUGCCAGGAGAAAAUGCAUGCUCCUAUCUUGCUUCGUUGUAAACACAUCUUCUGUGAGGACUGUGUAUCAGAGUGGUUUGAGAGGGAACGAACCUGCCCGUUGUGCAGGGCUUUGGUAAAACCUGCAGAUCUUAGAUCGUUUGGCGAUGGAUCAACGAGUUUGUUCUUCCAGCUGUUUUAAGAUCGUUCAACUGUAAAAACGAGGUCUGUUUCUGCUUUGAAGUUCGAAUUAUCAUUCGAAGCAGGCAUCUCCUCAUCCUUGUGACUACACACUGGUAUAUUCGAUUGUAUUUUUGCUGUGCCUUGUUCAUGAUUUACCCCUGGAAAGAAAAGUAGUUGGGUAUAACUGAACUGGCUACUGUUCAUACAGACGUAUUGAGAAAAUGUCAAAAAAUGUAUGUAAUUCGCCAAUUAAGCAACAGAGAAGUUCCUUUAAUCACCAUUUGCGUUUAUAUCUAAUCGUUUGCCUUGAAUGGAAUUUUAGA